UUCUGUCAAAUUCAAGUGCGUGCUUUGUUAGGAUUCACAACGACUCGUGCUUAAAAUUGGUGAUUUUUCUAAUUUAAUUUCGAUUUUAUAACAAUUAAGCAACAACAAAACGAUGUCUGAACCAAGCUCCAAGGAUACAGUACUCAAAACGGCCAUGGUUUACGUUUGUGGCGAAUGUCACUGUGAAAACGAGAUGCGGCCAAAAGAUGCAAUUCGGUGCCGUGAAUGUGGUUAUCGGAUCAUGUACAAAAAACGUACAAAGCGAUUGAUCGUGUUCGACGCCCGCUAAUCAAGGCACAAAUGGAUGGCUUAAUUUAAUAUCUUGUAAUAGACUUAAAUAAUAAUUCUUGACUUGUGGCUAUCGGAUAAAUAAAUUUUGAACGUACAAAUUGAA